AUGGCUCAGCUAUAUGCAAUUUCAGGCAGUCUACUUCCUGCGUCAGCUACCAAGUCAGACAAAGAAGGAUUUGAAGAUUUGGCAAAGGCGUUGCUUAAUGCAGCAAGGCCACCGAUUUACAACGCAACAGAAGACAUCAAUGGGACGCUAGAAUUGUUAGAUGCGCAUUCUGCUCCUGAGUGGCAGACGGGUCUCUUUGUCGGCAUGGGUCUCGUCUCGCCCAUAUACCCUACGCUUGAUACAUCGACGCGCAAGUUACGCCGUGCUGGCAAACUCAUGCUCCGAAAAAUUGACUUUGAGAAGGAAAUGCGGGCGGUACAUGAAGGCGCUAGACGGGCCAACCCUGGUCCAUACGAACAAGGGUUAUAUGACGUAUCCGCGCACAAUGAAGUUUCUGCGCAUCUUGAUAUCGGCAAGAGUAACGAGUCGGCGGCCGCGCCUGAAAUUCCCGACGAGCUGUUGGACCGAGUCAUGCGCCCAGUUUCUUCUUCGCGAAGAUGA